AUGGCUCCUCGCGAGAAGAAGAAGAAACUCGUCACGAUCAAGUCCGAUGGUGGUGAUAUCAUGAAGAAAAAGAGAGCCUUUUUCAAACAAAGGUUUCCUAAUUGCAAGAAGAAAGCGACGGAGCUCUCUGUUCUGUGCGGCAACUCCGUCGGGUUUAUCUGUUACGGACCCGACGACGAUCUUUACGCCUGGCCGGAGCCGAAGGAGAACCCGCAAGCCUUAGCAGAUAUCGUGGCCAGGUUCAACGAGCAGAGCGAUCUAAAGAGGAAGAGAAACGGCUGCGAUCUCAACGAUUUCCCAAAUCUCGAGGGUUUGUCUGUCGAAGAACUUACGAAUCACCUUUCUUGCAUCGAGUCCCACAUAGCUGGAAUCAAGAAGAAAAAAGUGGUAAUUGUUGUCGAGAGGAUCAAGGGUUCCAAGCCGAAGGAGACGGAAGAUCAUCUUAGGGUUUCAGACGACAACGCCACCUUCUCAAAUCAUUCGUCAGGGGAAAAUCAAUUAGGGUUUGGUGGCGUUUUCGACGAAUUGGGUUACAUCUUUGCAAGGCAUGCAUUAGUGACUAUCAUAAUUCUCGGUCAUGAUUUGAUCAUUAUUAGUAGUAUAUAUCUAUGUAAUUUCUACGUUGUUCUUGUUAUUAAAUGA